AGUUCUAUUCAAACAAACAAAUGCUUUGUGUUUCCUAUUCAUUUUCGGUUAAUUGUGUACACAUACUGUAUAUAUGCAGCUUUUUCCAAUUUAGAUGCAUUAUGAGUGUGUCGUUGGUAUUACUGGAUUAAAAAAUAAAUCAAUAACAAGCCAAAGUGCGUGUGAUUGCAAUAUGGAACUUUCAAAUAUAAUCUAAAACUGAACACUACGAUACAUGGCAAGCACCUCCUUACAAUACUAGCCGGAGCCCCUUUAAAGUUGGGACCCAUGGCUGUAUCCUUGUCGUCAAGGAAUGACGGAGACUCACAAGAGCCGUUAGUCAUCACCGCCUGCACGUACUGGCCAGGCAAGGCCCUGUUCACCCACGUCAACAUCGGUCCAAUUCCAGUUGCUGCAGUGCUUCCGAGAGGAACGUUGUGUUUUCCACAGUAUAACCCAGGCUUUGAAAACUAGCUGCCAAACAGCCACAAAAACUUGGAUUAUACUAUAUUUACUGUGACCGGAUUGUACCAUAACUGGAUGUUGGAUGGUUCGUUGCGAUAGAAAUCUUGAGGUGUUUGUUCUAGCGAAUCAGAUGUUUCCAUCGGACAAUAUAUUGUAAUUUUGUGGCUGGCAAGGAGCUGUCAUAAAUUGUACUUUGGAGCUAAUAUUGUAUGAAAUGCAGUUAAUCGAUGAAACAACUUGUCAGACUGGUGCACCAAUGGUGCUGACCAUGUCCACAGCAGAGCAGGCAUUGUUGCUUGAGGAUGGUGGAGGGACGCAGGAUACGACGCGAGUUCCAUACAAUAAUGACGGCGAGUCAUCCUCAGUUAGUUCCUCCAGGCCGGACUCCCUCAACCUGGACGGGUGGUGCGUGGUGUCGGAGUCGGCCUUGACUAAGGAAAUGCUGCAGCAUCUCAGCAGGCCUGAUGAGAUCGCCAGCCUGGCUGCAUCCUAUCUGACCAGACAGCUGUUUUCUAUUCUGGAAGACAUUCUAGACCAAAGUGUGGUGGACCAAAUCUUCAAGGCAGUGCAGGAAGUCAGCGAGAACGACGAGAAGAUCCUGAGAAAGUUCAUCGCCGAGCUGAACGAGGAGCAGGAUCACGAAGAGCGCCUCAGCCACAAUGACAACGAGGACGGGAGCAGUGAGAAGGCAAGGGAGCGACACUGUCCCACGGCGGUCAUCAAGGUCUUGCUGGAUCUUCUUAGGUUCUCACCGGUCCCAGUGGAGCACAACAUCCUGUGGGUCAGCCUGCUCUCCCUGCUGAGUCAGCGACCGGUUGACCUGCCGACCUGCAUUGACCUCAAGGUCGCGGCCACGGUGCUGGGCACCAUGGCGGUCCAUGUGGGCUCGUCUGAGGUCCAGCUGUGCGGCUGUCGGGUGCUGGAGCCCCUGGCCAAGUUCAGGCCUACGCCGUUACAAAAGGCCCCAGUCAGAGAGAGCGGCAUACAGGUCCUUCUCAGGACCUUGGAGGCCCACAUCAGUGAUCCUCCCAUCGUCCAAGCCGUCUGUGGGGUGCUAGCCAACGUGACUAGUACCAUGGUACAGUUCACCUCAUGGGCUAUACAACAAGGCUACCCAGACGAGGAAGCAGAAAGGCUUGUCAUGAUGUCCAUGGUAAUCACAGACUACAUCAAGGAGAAUGGUCUGGCACUCCUGGACAGGGCUGGCGCAAUGUACCGGGAUAACACGGGGAUCCAGACGGCAUUCUUCCGCAUCAUGGCCUGUUUUGGCUACCACUCUCCUAUCCCAAGUUCUUCAGAUUCCAGUCCCAGCUCAGGCCAACGGAAACACAGCAUUCUGAAAAGUCCCGAUUCACCGCGUAUGCCCUGCCCACAGCGUCGUGUCACAUUCUCUUAUGAUCUAGACACGAGAGUGGAAUACCAGUACUCCGACUCGGAUUCGGAUUUCGGUCCAGAGGAGCCCAAACGGCACACAGUUUGCAGCGGCGAGAUAGCCCGUGAUGGCAAAGGUGAAGGGGUGUUCCUCGAUGGCAAUCGCAAGAACAGAGCCUUCAAGGGACGCUUGGCGAGCAGGGACGAUAAGAAGUUGUCCUUCCCCAAUUUUGAGAUGGAGGAGGAUUAUUUGCAGAUGUGGCAGCAUAUUUUAGGGGAGGGGCUGUUCUCCAGCAUCUGCUGCGACCUGGCUAAGCUGGAGUGUGACUUUGAUGAUUUGGGCUCGGGAUCACUAAAGAGCAGCAGCAGCAAUGAGACGGUGGAUCUCCUGGAGCAGCAGGGCAGCGGUGUCGACGCCAGCGGCCAUUGCUCUUAUUCCAAGCAGACCCUGGACGGUCCCUGCUUCAGCCUCCCAGGAAGGUGCGAGCUCAGAUGCGAUAAGAGCAGUUUAUCCAGGACCCGCUUUGCCACAGUGCCGGGCUUCCGCUACGAUUUCUACCAACCCAACUGGCAGGUCCAGGACACAGAUUCUGCGAUUAAGAAUCGCCUCUCGGUUGAGAAUGGCUCAGCUCCGCCCAAGACCAAGAUAAGACCCAUGUCAGAGCCGCCCCCUCACACCAACUUCAACGAUGAUGACUUGGUGGGUGAUGAAUCCGACAGCGCUGAUGAGAAAACUUUCACAGAGUAUUCUGAAAUUGACUUAGUCGAGGCUCUUGUCCGUUCGGGUAAAAAGGAGCCUGACACUAGAAAAGAUGUUGAAGAAGCUCUCUAUGAUGAAGUAGAUAAGGAAGAGCUUGAGAACAAAGGAAAUGAGGAGAAAGAGCACAGCAGAGAGUGCUCAGCUUCUGUAAAGACUCUUGCUGGCGGUUCAGCUAAGGUAAAUGAAGACAGCUUUGAUUCCAGCAGUGAUGUGACCCUUGGCGAUCCCUUUAGCUUGGACUCUGACAUACUCCCUAUUGACAGGUACCUGGAGAACCAGAGCCUUGCUGAAGACAUUCUGAGCAGUUUUGGGAUCUAUGAGAACAACAUCAUUGGCACUGCUCCUCUCAAACCGGUCCCGAGUGGCCCCUAUGGAACGUUUUCCCUCCCGGGGGUCUCCAUGGAUGCCAGCGAGACCGACGACGUCUUCUUGGAUGGUGACACAACUGUCAGCGAUACUUACAUCAACCACACUGCGAUCAAAACAGAUGGUGCACAGGCAACAAAUGUCUCCAGCGCCCAGCAAGCAACUCAACAAGCAUUCUCCAAGGCCUUUGCCACCUUACGUGACACAUCCUACAUCUUUCGGUCCUCCCUCAACAGCAGCCCAACCAGCUCAAUCAGUUCCACCUCCCUCUCCUUUCCAGAGUGGAGUGACCUAGAGGCUCUGAACGAGGAAUCUGAAUCAGUGGCAUCCAUGGACUCGGUAACAACCCAGGACACUCCCCCAAACUCCGAGCCAGAGAUGAGCGCCUCCUUCCACACCAUCCCCAAGCAGCGCAAGCUGAACUUCAUGCAUCGCUUCUCAGAGCGCAAGACUCAGAACUUCCAACCUCCCCCAAAACCCCGCCGUACAUGGUACUACCGCUCCAGUGCUGACGUCCGCAAGAGUCUGGUGAGCUCCUUUGCGCCUGAUAUUGACGGCAUGCUGGGACCUGACGCACAUUCUGUCAGCAGGUCCUCGUCCCGCAACAGCAAAAGGGGCAUGAGCCUUCUGGCCUUCGGCAAGAUGGGAAUGAAUGUCUCUUGUGACUCUGGUGUGGUGACAGGAGAUGAUGAAGAACCUCCGACAGGAAGCAGUCAAGAACCGUAUCCUGUGGAGCACUUCUACGAAGAGGUCUACAUGAGCAAGGCAGAACUUAAGCCAACACUGUAUGAGAGGAUAUCAAAGAAGGGCCAUUAUGCUGAGGUUAAGAAGGCCAACAAAGUCCAAGUUGCUGAGGAUAAUAGUUCCGAGGCCACCUACACCGUUUGCACUCUCUGGGUCAACAAGCACUGCGUGGAGGCGUUGGUGACCUUUGACCACCUGACCAAGCAGCUGGUCUCCCCGUACUCCAUCCUACCUGCGGUCAGGGAGCUGGAAGGGACUCGCAAGUCCAGCCUGGGCGAUGACCUGGAAGAGAUGGAGAACGACUACCCUGCCUGGACCAGCAUCCUCAAUGUCUUGGCAACCGAUGAGAGUAAAUGGACCCUCAGCCUAGCCGCCCAAGUAUUGCCGAUCAUCGACAGGCUUUUCUACACCAAGGAUGAAGCCAUCAUGGACGCCAGCGUUGGUCUGGUUCAGCUCCUCAUCAGGAAGUUCGGCCAUGAGAUUGAGAAACAUCACUCAGGAGGCCUGUUCCGCACCCGCUUCCGGGACGACUGCCGGACCUGCUUCAUGUGGCUGAACAAGCUGUACAGCCGUGUCAGCGACCUGCUGAAGAGGGACUCCCAGCGUGAGGAGGACCUGGACUGCCUGCUGCACCUGUCGCUGCUCAGCUCGCUGCGGGAGGCCCUCAAGCCCUUCAACGGCAGGAUAUCCAGGGGCCUGGCACUCUGAGCUGUCUCAGGCAGGGUUGGAGGCCUAGACCAGGUUCGCAGGAUGUCUAUAACCUCAGGCUUCGCUAUUAACCAUCACAGAUCACCGUAACGACCCGCUUGUCGCAUCCUAAAAAAAACGGAAGGGCGUCUGGAAGUGCAUGCAGCAGACCAUAUAAGUUCUCGCUGUUACACCCCCUCAGGGCCAGGAAGAGCAACAACACUUGACAGAUGACAGCUGUUGAACCUCCAGGGUGUGCAAAAAUACAGGAAUUCAGUUUAUAAGAGAUUCGCGCCUGGGUUGCGGACGUUCCCUUCCCCCACCCCCUCCUUACCCUCCCUAGGGGUGGGGCGGUGCUUGUCAUAACAAAGCUGCAUCUUCGGAAGUGCGUCAUUUUAGAAGUGGAAACUUUUUUUGACUGGAGCUUGCAGGAAGUGGAUGUACAUGUGUGUAUAAUGUAACGUCAUUUUGUUGAGCUUCCUGUCUUAAGUUAUUACUAAAUGAAUUUGCCUGUUAGGUCAUCUUGACCGUGUGAUGUGACCUGCCUGACCUUUUAUGGAUUUAGGGUCAUGAACUAUUUUUCUUGAUAUGUAAAUGCUAACCUCAUCCAGUUCGGAGUUUUCUUUGUUAUAUUUGUGAAUGUGUUUUUUUUUAUAGGGAAAGGUAGAUGGAAUUUAGCAAAAAAGUCAUUUUGUAUGUAAUUUACAAAUGCUAAGUGACUUAAUUGAAAUUUAUUUUGAGAAAUGCAAAACGUUACUUUUGGAUAAAGAAUAUAAAAAAGCUUUUAUUUUGUAUAUAUUGUUUUCUGGAAAGAAACCUUUCUGUCAUCAUGGUGAAAUUAAUCACUUGAAUUGAUAAAACAGCAUUAAAGCAGAUUUGAACUGAAAAUUAGUGUAUGAUAAAUCUUGGCAAUUGACUUAAUUUGUUUGUUUGUUUUUCCCCAAAAAACUUGCAAGUAUUUCGGUAUCAACUUAUGUCACUCAUCACUCCGCAAGAGAGUGACAAUAUUUAAAAAUUAUAUUUUGAAUAUAAUUUGUAAUAUAAUUAUCUGGUUUGGGAUGCAUGAUUUUGCUGCGAAUCCUAUAGAAAUGAACAUUAUGAGAUUCUGUGUAACAGUUAUCAUUGAUGACGCUUUUGUAAAUAUCGUAAUCAUUUGUAUACAUUAUUUUGUAAAUAAACGCAUUGUAUUGUAUGACACAUUGGAGAACGUGUCUUUUGUGGAGCGAUUACGGAUUGCAAAACGUUUAGUUUUGAAAGGCAGUGUUGCGUUUGUAAAUAAACAUGUACCUUAGCCCUUUCCAGAGACAAAAAGUGUAAAUAUAGUUUUUUUUUACUCAAAGGAAAAAGAGCCAGUUGCAUUUUAAAACUUUUGAAAAGAAUUUUUAAUGUUAACUAGCUUCGAGGUAGUAAAUUUAUUUUUUAAUGUGACAUUUUUAAAAAUGAUUUAAAAAAAAAAUAAUUUUAAAAGAGGAGAAAUAUUAUUUGCAAAUGACAACCAACCAAUGUUUUUUCACAGUCAUAAUCAUAUUUUAGGAACAAUUUGUCAACUCGGUCGAGUUUCUAGUCAGUUGUCUUUUGACAAAGGGAAAUUUUGGAACAAACUUUCUGUCUCAUGAUACAAUUUGCAAGGAGUAUAGCUCUUGUAGGCUUUGAUGAAAAUAUGUUUCAAAACAGUGAUUCCAAGCAAUUGAAAUCUUUCACAAUUUUGAACACAUCUUAAAUAAGGCAAUAGGUCUCAAGACUGCGCUUACCAUUAAGGAUGUGACUAAGGCAUCUGUGUCCUAUUUAACUUUCCUUUUUGUGCCUUUUUUCACCCUUCUUUUCCCUUUUUAUGGACUUAAGUUGUGAGAGUGACUAAUAACGACAAUCCGCGCUGGAGGCUCUACACACGGCCUGUCUGUGCACGUAGACCAUUCUGCUAAACCGUAAUACAAACAGCCUUCUCAAAGGGCCUUUUUUUUAAUAACUCACGCCUUUUCCACCAGAACAAAAGCAAACACUAAGACAUUGGUGGUGCACUUAUAACCAGGUUAUGCUGUGUUCACCAGACUAUGCACAAUCACACACAAGAUGAAACAAAUCCAGUCUGUGGAAAUUUCGGCACUUCUGAGUAUACUUCGUUUAUGGACCUAUCGCCGUUUGCGAGUUAGUCAAGCCCCUUAGACAACCUUAUGGAAUUUUUGUACACUA